UAACUCAAUAAUUGUUGUAAAUAUUUUUAUAUAAAAGUAUCCUUGACAGUUGACAGUUGACAUUGAAACAAUGACCGUUUUUUUAUAAGUUUAUUUACACUGUCUAGACUUUACAGUUGUACGAAUGACCUCAACGGGGUUUUAGUAAUUUGAACUGAAUUCAACAAUCAACAUUGAGCUGUCAAAUUUACCACAUAACCUCAUACAAUUUAUCUGCAUGCAUGUGAUAUUGUUGACAUUUUAUAAAUAAUAAAUAUAUGCUACUUUGAUACAACAUCCUCAGAAUUAUCUUUAGAAACUGUUGGAAAAAUGAAUGAAGUUAGAAUUAUAGAUUCUACUGAUCCUGAGGAUACACUUGGUUCAUUGACACCAUCAUAUGAAAAAAAUCUUUCAUUUAAAUACAGUGAAAUUAAUCUUGAAAAGAAGGAGGAACUUCGUCCAGAAACACAACUGAUCUCUCAGUGGAUUUCAGAGUGCAAAAAAAUGGAACAAACAAGUAAACUCAAUUUUUGCCAGAAGGCAAAAAUAUAUGCAAAAAUGAAAGCCCAGUUUGAAUCAUCUAAAAUCGUUCCAGGGUCAACUUCAAAAGACUGUGAUACUACAUCCUCAGAAUUAUCUUUAGAAACUGUUGGAAAAAUGAAUGAAGCUAGAAUCAUAGAUUCUACUGAUCCUGAGGAUACACUUGGUUCAUCAUUUAAAUACAGUGAAAUUAAUCUUGAAAAGAAGGAGGAACUUCGUCCAGAAACACAACUGAUCUCUCAGUGGAUUUCAAAGUGCAAAGAAAUGGGACAAACAAGUAAACUCAAUUUUUGCCAGAAGGCAAAAAUAUAUGCAAAAAUGAAAGCCCAGUUUGAAUCAUCUAAAGCAAUCUAAAGUGUAAAUAAAAGUGAGACAGUGUUGUUUUUUUUUUUUUUUUCAAUAAACAUAUAAACUAUU